AUGAAACGUGCUCUGAUACAGAUAUAUGUGAUGCAAUGCGAUGCAAUGUAUCUGCUAAGUGCUGAAUCAUAUGCCAGUGUACGGAUCUGCCAUAGGGGAUCUCCCACAUCAUAUAUCGUACAUGCUGUGGCCAAUGCGCUGCUUCUCCCGAUUCAUAUAGCCGUUUCAUCGCGGUGGGUAAUCAUUAAGGCCUGUGGAGGAGAGAUGGUAUGCAUAGUUUCAUAUGCAACAUCUCGUCAUCUCCGGGAGAAAACGGCAGCCGGCACAGAGGGCACCAGGAAAUCCCUGAACAUGGUUGUGAAGGCGGAAAUUUCCUCAAAGGGAGCCACUUGGCAGCCAUUAAGGUGUGAUAUCAUAUCUGGAUUCUCUGUCAAGCAAAGUGUACCCGAUUGGGAAUGGAAACUACCUGGACUGGAUAUACCAUCCACGUAUCGUAUGAACAUUAACCAGUAUCUCAUAACCAACAGAAUAAAUUACUUUUUGGGUAUUUAUUUCGUUCUUUUUUUCGAUGUGAAGGCCCGGAUCAUUCAACCAUUCAUCUUCUACAGCUUUCCGUGCCUAGGAGAUGUGGUUGUGGAGGGGGGAGGUUGGCAGUUAACCUCUCCGGCGUACCAAGUAGUGCGAAUAUGCUGA